CGCAAAGUUGAGUCGAAAGCAAAAGCUGUGGUGGGAUGAUUAUGUCCUGAUCGCAUCGUGGGUAAGCUUCUUACCUUUCCACAAUCCUGCAAUCUCCUAGCUUAGUAGAAGGAAGUCACGAAUACAAACAGGUCCUGUUGCUCAUCCAGUCCAUCAUCACGCAAGUAGGCCAACUCAUCGGCUUCGGUAAACACGCCGUAGACAUUCCGCCGCAAAACCUCGCUACUAUUGCGCUGUACACGUCCGUCGGCGCAUCGAUAUCCUGCUUCCAUUCGACGGGGAGUAAGAUUUCUUUCGGGGUCACGCUCCUCCGCCUCGUCAAGGGACGGUGGAAGUCAUUCGUAUGGUUCGCAAUCGUCACGCUGUUCCUCGCCAUGUUACCCAGCGCAUUUCUCCAAUGGGUUAUUUGCACGCCCCCGCAAAAGGCGUGGAAUCCUGCGGUCAAAGGCAAAUGCUGGAAUCCGGGCAUUGUCACCAACUACGGCAUCUUCAAUGCGGCGUAUUGCGCCGUCAUGGACUUUGCGUUGGCGCUACUACCGUGGACAAUUAUCUGGGGCCUGCAGAUGCGCUUGAGGGAGAAGUUUGGCGUGGGAGUUGCCAUGUCGCUUGGGCUUCUGUCGGGGGUGUGUGCCAUUGUCAAGGGGAUUUAUAUCGUGCAACUCCGCGAGCAGGACUUUUUCUAUAACGGCAAAGACGUGACCAUCUGGACCUCUGUGGAAACCGCCACUGCCAUAAUCGGCGCGUCUAUACCUGUUCUCCGCGUCUUCUUUAGGGAGAAAAGACCACCCCGCAGCAAGCAAGGUAAGCCCAAGAAAGUGCCUCGCAUGGGACAUCUCUGCGGCGGUCACGAUUUAGGAUAAGGCAGUCGGAGGGGUAAAGAUGAGAGUUGGAAAAUGCCUGGAUGCCGCCAGCGUUCGGAAUAUAUUGGUGGCUGCGGGUAAUAAUGGAUGUCAAUAAUACAAAGAAAAUAAAAGAGUACGAUACAUUACCCCCAUAUAUUGCAUGAUAGUUACAGUUAGUAUAUGGAAAUCGAAAAUAUGGACAGCUACUCCCAAAACUCUUUCCACUCUUUCUCCAGCAACGCCAUAUUGUCAAGCACCAUCGCCGCCUUCAUCGCCAGCUCAUUGCCCUGAGUCAGCUGCGAAUUCACGCCCCUCCAGUCAACCUAUUAAGAUUAGCCUCCCGCAAGGCCCUGAUGGCAUUAGUUAAACACGUACUGG